GAUUCGGCAUCUAGAACCGGUGGUCACUCUACUGUCUUUGUCCCUUUAUGCACCAUUGCAAGCCCACGAGCUUGGCGACGAGAACCGGCUUGCACACGGAGAAGAAAACAAUUCAGAUUUACCCGGGAGCACUUUUACACUUUGGCAAAUCUGGUAUCUGUUCUCAUUAGCCAUGCUGCGGGUACUGGAUUUGUCUGAUUCAUCCCGUGAUCCGCAGCAUCGACCUUCAGGAGCCGACUUUGGUCAUGAGUCUGUGAGUAGUCGGAUGAAACAUGGAGUAGUCAAGUUCUUCUCAGAUAUGUUUGGCUUGGAGAGCUUGAAAAAAUACGUCGGUCAGAUAACAUUCUUUGAAAGGCUCCCCUUGAUAGUGGAAACACAACCAUGCAGUAAGAUUUCUGCAGCUGCAUGCCAAGUAGCGCCAUCAUCGUGGAACCCUUUCAAAUCCAGGGCAGCACAGAGUGCAAGCCCUGAAAUAGUCUUACUUGAUAAGUGCAAAGCUCUUGAUAAACUGAUUGAGUCGGGUCGAUAUCUUGUACCAAAGCAAAGGGCACGGUGCGAGGUACAAUCCAUAUCUCAAACUCUGAGCUUCGGGGGUGAGACACAUAGCAUCCAGGAUACCAUUUAUUCGAGGCAGGUGGACGUCCAUUCUACGCCGCAAGAGAUAAAUGCGCUUCAAAUGACGCUCGACGCCACAGACGACGAAGACGAGCAGCUGACACUCGAGGAUAUAACAGGAAAGCUCCUGUGGCUUUCUUGGUGUGAAAUCCUGUCAGAAGUGGAACUGCAAUUACUGGAGGUUUUGAAUUAUAUCCGGAGGAAAAGGGAUUCAAUGAUGCUGGAAGAGCAUGGCCAUUUUUACCAAUGUUUGAAUGAGAUCGGGAAGAUUAUUAAGAAAACACCCCAUGUACAUGUGGACGAUGAUCUAGCUCACCUGCAACGGUAG